UUUCUUUACACUGAAAGACAAAGGUUGCGUUAGCUUCCGUUCCCCCUCUGGCUGGAGUGAGGGUCUGCAGUCAGCUCUCACCAACCAGCCCUGCUUCAACUAAUCAAAUCCCUGAUGAGCAGGGGGUUGCGGGAUUAGUAGCCUAUAUAAUCAGUUGUGUAGAGUAAGGUUGGAGCAAAAGUCUGCAUACCCAGUCGUAGCUGCUAUUAGCAACGCUGGUGUGUUUACAGUACAGCGUCGGUACCUUUUGUAUUGGCAUUGAGUUGCACAAAAACAGUCCGUAGCAUAGGAAGCCUGGGGCGUUUUAAUUUCGGAAGCCGUUUAUCGUUUAAGAACCAAACAGCAACACGAGCGUUUGUAUUGGAAAAAAAGUAAGAGAUGUGAGGGUACCUACAGCUGACUGAAGUGAAGGCCAGCAUCUCAACCAUGGGGAAGCGGUAUUACUGUGACUACUGUGACCGGUCCUUUCAGGACAACAUGCACAACAGGAAAAAACACCUGUAUGGUGUUCAACACCACAGAUCUAAAAAGGCCUGGUUUGACAAUUUCAGGGAUGCAGCAGCCAUCCUGUAUGAUGAACAAACUAAGAAACCCUGCAGGAAAUUUCUUCAGACGGGCCAGUGUGUGUUUGGCAACAACUGUAGGUUUUCUCACAUGUCAGAGAGGGACAUGGAGAACCUAAGAAUGCAAAUUGAAGAUGAAAGACGGAGCAGAGAGGACCCGGAGCACAGAGCGUCCCCUGAGCGGAGCAUAGAGGAGUGGCUCACCAGGAGAGAGAAGAAGAGAGCCGCCCUAAGCAGUGGAAGUGUUCUGAAAGAGGAAGAUGAGGAGGAUGAAGAUAAUCAACCAGAGAAUGACAUACCGCCACAUUUCCUCACCAUUCCUGACCUUCCUCCCUCCCUUCUGCCCCCUCCCCCUGGAGGAUGGAAAGUCAAAGUCAGAACUGAAUGGGGUUGAAGGGGCAGUGCAGUUAAUGGUAGUUCCACACUGAGGUCAAAAUAACAACCUGAAAUUUGUUAAAAUUAUGAUAAUGCCUUUUUCAUGUAAGAGCUGUUUGUAAAAAAAGAACUGGAAUUUCAACCUGUUCAGGUGGGGUGGAUUUUUUGGGUAACUGAUCUGAUUAUUCUGACCUAUGACCAGUCAUCUUUUAUUUGUAUAUGCAUCCUGCUUUCAAGGGGUAAGCAGGGUAGGCUCAGAGUCAAGACGAUCCUAUCCGCCAAUCAGGGUUGUGUAUGUUAAUAUAUUUGCAUUUGUAUCAACACGCCCACACAGACUGAGCAUUUCAAUGGCAAAAGGAGCCUCAGGGAAAUAAACACACACAGUCAUUUAUUAGACAUACAGUGAUUUAAAAAUGAUUAAGACUGCAUGGGAGCUUUAAAGCUGGUUCAUCAUUUUUUGCUCAAAGUUUGAUGUGGUGAUGCAAGAACGGAUCAUUAAUUGCUAUUAGGGCUCAAACUUUUACUUGAUAGAAGUGAGUGAAUUUGUAACACAUUUUAAUUGAUUUUCUCCAUCACCGACUACAUUAAAAUUCAGUUGCGUGCAUGCA